AGUCCAUUAAGAGCCUCGGCCCAAUGGGCGGUGGGCCGUUAGGUAAAACAGUCCAUAGACUGGUGCUGGGUUCCUUUACUCUUCCUCCUGUCUGUGCCCACUUGAACAUAACAAAAUAAUUCAUGCAGCUCAGGCAUCCCUGUCACCGGCUCCGGCUGAUUUACCGGCAGCAGUUCCGAUACUUCGCCACCAAGUACAGUGGCAGAGUAGUGGUGGAAGCUGAAGAUGGCCGUUCAUUCGCCGUCGAAGUGGAUGCCCCUACUCUUCACACCGACUCCAGAGGCUAUGCUCUCCCCCGCCGUGACCUAAUCUGUAAGGUUUCCCAGAUUCUUAAGUCACGUCCUUCUCCUUCUUCUGAUCCUUUCCUUGACUUAUCUGACUAUCUGGAUACAUUGACAAUAACCCUAACUCCCUCUGAAGCUUCUGAAGUUCUCAAAUCCCUCAAGUCUCCAAACCUUGCUCUUCGCUUCUUCCGAUUUUGCCCCUCUGAGAUCCCUAAAUUCCGCCAUGACUGCUUCACUUACAACCGUAUCCUUCUCAUCCUCUCGAAAUCUUCUCUUCCUAACCGGCUCGAUUGUGUCCGCGAGAUUGUUGAUGAAAUGGAACGUACUGGUAUUCAGGGAAACAUAUCCACUGUUAAUCUUCUUAUUGGUACAUUUGGUGACGGCCAAGGGAAUGGUGUUAAUGAGCUAACUAGGUGUUUGGGGUUGGUUCAAAAAUGGGAUCUGAAGUUGAAUUGCUAUAGUUAUAAGUGUCUUUUACAAGCCUAUAUCAGAUUGUGCAAUCCGGACAAGGCUUUGGAAGUUUACCAAGAAAUGCGGAGACGUGGGUACAGAUUGGAUAUAUUUGCAUACAACAUGCUUCUUGAUGCUCUUGCUAGGGACCAAAAGGUUGAUCAGGUCCACAAGGUUUUUGAGGACAUGAAGAAGUGGCACUGCGAACCUGAUGAAUAUACGUAUACCAUUCUGAUUAGAAUGACUGGGAAAUUGGGGAAGCCCGGGGAAUCACUUUCUUUCUUUUUGGAAAUGCUGUCUAACGGUAUUUCACCAAAUUUAAUUGCUUAUAAUACUAUGAUCGAAGCUCUUGCCAAAGGCCAUAUGGUUGAUAAGAGUAUCUUUGUCUUCUCUAAGAUGGUGGAGAAUAGUUGCCGGCCCAAUGAAUUUACUUACAGUAUUAUUUUAAAUGUAUUGGCCGCAGAAGGGCAACUUGGAAGACUUGAUGAAGUUGUGGAAAUAUCUAAGAGAUACAUGAAUAAAUCGAUAUACGCAUAUCUUGUUAGAACGUUGAGUAAAUUAGGCCAUGCAAGCGAAGCUCAUAGGCUGUUUUGCAAUAUGUGGAGCUUCCAUGAUAGAGGAGAUCGUGAUGCCUACUUGUCCAUGUUAGAGAGCUUAUGCAACUCUAAGAAAGUAACUGAGGCUAUUGAUUUGCUGAAUAAGAUGAUUGAAAAGGGAGUAAAAGCAGAUAGCUUCAUGUAUAAUACCGUCUUCUCUGCACUUGGGAAGCUAAAGCAGAUUCCUCAUCUUCAUGAUCUCUAUGAAAAGAUGAAACGGGAUGGCCCCACACCAGACAUAUUUACUUAUAACAUUUUGAUAUCUAGCUUUGGUAGAGCGGGGGAGGUUGGGGAAGCUCUCAAGAUUUUUGAAGAACUUGAGAAUAGCAAUUGUAAACCUGAUAUUGUCUCCUACAACUCCUUGAUAAAUUGUCUGGGAAAGAACGGAGACAUUGAUGAAGCGCACAUGAAAUUCAUCGAGAUGCAGGAGAAGGGCUUGAAUCCUGAUGUUGUAACAUACAGCACUCUCAUUGAGUGCUUUGGGAAGACUGAAAAAGUUGAGAUGGCACGUCGGCUAUUUGAUGAAAUGCUUGCAGCUGGCUGUUAUCCUAACAUAGUGACAUACAAUAUCUUACUUGACUGUCUCGAGAGAAGUGGGAGAACUUCAGAAGCUGUUAGUUUAUAUGCAAAACUGAAGGAACAAGGUUUGGCAGCUGAUUCAAUCACAUACACCAUCCUUGAACGUUUACAAAGUGGUUCUCAUAGAACAUCAAGAGUUCGCAGAAAAAAUCCUAUCACCGGUUGGGUGGUUAGCCCAUUAAGGUGACAUGCAAACAAGGAUUUAGAUUAAGAUGCUCAUGAUUACACGCUUAAAGGAUCCUACCACUUGGUUGAGCUUUCGCUUGAGCCAGCAUGGUGCUAAAGUGACCUGACAUUGAAUUUAUACUGAGAACUCUGUUGAUGAGAAUUUCAACUGUCUCAAAGAGUGACCUGCUGUAGACGACAUGAACUGUUCCUUAUGUGAAAGUCGUUACAAGAUCUCAUCUCUUUGUCAGAGAGGCAACUGUAUAUUGGUGAAAUUGCCCCAAUCACUCAUGUUGCCAGAGUUGAGAUGAGAAGUGAAUAGAAGACAGUUACAAGUGCGAAGCUGGUUAUUUGUAGAACUAGAACUGGCACUGUUUCUGGAAAUCAAAUAUUUAACUGAACUGAUCAAUUGUUUUGACAGAAUUGAGGUGAAAAGUGAAUCAGUAAGCAGGGUCAGAUCACAGGUGGGAAGGUGUUUUGUUUUUAGCUCUGGAAAUUAUCUAUUUUUGUCUCCGAUGCUGUCGUUGAAUGUAUCAUAUUGUGGGUGUAUAACUAUCCUCAAGAUGUGCUAUUUGGAUUCAUUAUUUUAAGCUCCCACUUGGAGUGAUUGUUCCUGAACCAGUUCUCCAUCCCAAUCUGCAUUUGUAUAUUUUUUGUGUUCAAGACUGAACAAUUAGUGAAAAUUUUCAGGUACAUAUAUAUUUAUGUGAAAGCUUCCGAUCAA